AUGUCUUGCCCCUCGAUGCAGGGACUGGAAGUCGUGCAGCCGGGCCUGGAGCCCGUGCCGUUUCCUUCCUGGCGACACAGCUGGACGCGGCCGACGGUGUUGGCAGAGCUGAAGGGAUCAAGCCCGAGAAGCAGAGCACGCGAAUACUCCCGUCAAUACGACGAUGCGCUGGCCAAAGAGGGAGGGGGAGGAGGGAAAGUGUACCGGGUUGGACGGCGGACGUUCUGGCUGAUUAUUGCGUUGGCGGUGGUGGUGGUGGUGGUUGUCGGGGUGGGAGUUGGGCUGGGGGUUGGUUUAACCAGAGAGAAAGACUCCAGUGCUGUAUCAUCGUCGUCUACAGCAUCAUCAUCGUCAUCAUCGUCUACAUCUACACUGUCAAAUACAUCUACACUGCCAAAUACAUCUACGAUCUCAAAUACAGCAUCGGUAUCCUCUUCAGCAUCAUCGACAUCCACCUCCACCUCCAGCGCUGCGACGGCGACCGUCUCGUCCGUGUGUCCAUCCGCCAACGACACGACCGUCUCCCCGAGUCUGGGGACGGUGACCUACCGCAUCCUGUGCAACCACGACUUCAGCGGCAGCGGGAAAGAGACGCUGGCGAGCGUGGUGCUCUCCUCCUUUGACGACUGUCUGAGCCUGUGCAACACGAUGAACUACUUCCAGUCCCGGACGGACGUCGGCUGCACAUACAAUGUCGAGGGGACGGGGGGACAGACGCCGGGAACGUGUUGGUGUCUGGGGGGGUCGAACAAGACGAUUGUCAUCAAUGAGGGCAAUGAUAUCGCUGCUCCGAUAGACAGUUGA